UACAGGUGACACAAAGUCCUGCCUAUGGCCGCAAACCAAAUACCUACUUUGCACAAUGCGACAUUCAUUGUAAAGACUGUGCACUUCAGGUGUGCCUGACUGUUUGUCUUUCAGUGUUAUUAUUUGUCAAGUGCAAUGAGCUCAGAGGUGCUGAGCCGUCACAGAAGAACUUGGAUAAUUGACUCCUUUGAGAUUGAAGAGGAGAACCAGGGGCCUUUCCCUUAUGCGCUGGGCAAGAUACAAAUUGAGCGGGAAUAUCAGACAUUCUUUGAGCUGUUCGGAGAAGGAGUAGACGAGGAGCCGAUGGGAGUCCUCUCCAUUCAUAAAGACUCUGGUGAACUGUUCGUCCACAAAGCUGUGGACUACGAGGAGAGAACGCUGCUGAAGCUGCGAUUUCAGGCCAAAAAGACAGAUUUAUCAAUUGACACCAGAUUAGGAAUUGAGAUUUACAUACGGGACAUCAACGACAACCCACCGCUGUUUCAGAGGGAUCUGUAUGAACACAGCGUUGGUGAGGAGAGCACACAAGGCUCCAAUGUCUUGACUGUGUUCGCUCACGACAGGGACAAGAGUGGAUCGCCAAACUCAACUUUCCACUAUGAAAUCAAAUCUGUGUCUCCAAACGUUCCAGACACAAAAUUCUUCAUUGAUGAGUUCGGAGGAAUCUCAUUUAAAGGAUGUUUGGAUCAUGAGGUGACUGAGAUGUUUACAAUACUGGUGGAGGCCAAAGACCACGGUGAAGUCAUCCGCCUGUCCAGUUCAACCACUGUGGUCAUUCAUGUCCAGGACGGCAACAACCACCUUCCCAUCAUCAGCGGUCAAACAGGCUCCAGCAAAGUGACAGAGCAUGAGGUUGGAUCGUCUCCUCUGCGGCUGCAUGUGACUGACAAAGACAGCCCCAACAGCCGGGCGUGGAAGGCCAAAUACACCAUACAUGGAGAUGAAGGAGAGCACUUCAGGGUAGAAACUGACCCAGACACCAAUGAUGGAAUCCUGACGGUAGUAAAAGCUUUAGACUUCGAGGCAGGUGCACAGAGAGAGCUGUCAAUCUCAGUGGAGAACGAGGCGCCAUAUUUCUCCUGUAAAGUGAAAGACAAGCCGUCCUCGGGCCUCUGGACUGUUGAAACCACUAAAGGCGAUGAUGGUGCUGUUCAGCCUCAUUCUGUUAAAGUCACCAUCGAAGUGGAGGAUGCCAAUGACCCCCCAGUGUUCAGCGUGGCAGUCAAGGAGGCCGUGCUGGAGGAGAACGCAGCCGUUGGAACCUGGGUUGAGAAAGUGACCGCUGUGGAUCCAGACUCCAGCCAUGCACGAGAUUUUGUUUACAAGGUAGGACAUGAUCCUGCCGGCUGGGUGACAGUGGAUCCACACACAGGUGACAUCACUACCGUGAAGCCACCUGACAGAGAAUCUCCUCAUGUUGUUGACGGACUCUACACCAUCUUACUGCAUGCAGUGGAUGAUGGUGAGCCACCUCAGACAGGCACAGCCACACUGCAGAUCCACGUGGCUGACCAGAAUGACAACGUGCCACAGCCGACAGUAGACUUCGUGGAUGUCUGUAUGUCUGACAGCCCCACGACCACCAACAUCACAGCCUUUGACCCUGACGGAAAUCCCUUUGGGGGGCCUUUCACGUUUGAGCUGCUGGGGAAUGUCAACGGAAAAUGGAAACUCAAUCCUGCAUACGGUUUCACAGCCGGCCUGGUGAAGGAGUCCAGUGUGUACGCUGGUCCGCACACAGUCAAUGUGAAGAUCUCGGACAUGCAGGGACAGUUUGGUGUUUACAACCUCAGCGUGACUGUGUGCGACUGCACCGUGACACAGAACUGCCGAAGCCGCCGAGCCACUGCAGGAGGAGCUGCCUCUGGUGCUUUAGGCGUAGUGUUCGGCUCACUGUUUUUACUUUUAUUUAUGCUGCUGAUGGCGGUCUUCAUCUCCUGCAAAACAAAGUUCCAAACUUUGCCGCCCGAUGAUUGCUCCAAUGAUACACUCCUCAAGUCAAACACUGAGAAACCAGGAACUGACUGCAAGGUGCCGGACGGUGUCCUCAUAGUGCCGGCUGAGAAGAAACAACACAAUGCAGCCAUGUGGCAAAGUCAGCAUGAUGGGAGGGAAAACAUUACAUUUUCAUCAAAGAAUAAUGUGGAGCAAGGCUUUGCCUACAAACACUUUGAGAAUUACAGGAGAGAAGAUGUUUCCUACCUAUUCAGCAGCACUCAGGACCAGUCUCAGAUGGCCUGGAAUUCUCUAGUUGCGAAUGGCCACAACCACAACCACACCUACCAGUCUGAAGGCAUGAGCACGAUGGAUUACCUCCACAAAAGGAGCUUCAGCUGUAUCAUGGAUACAACCAUCCUCAACCUGCUUCACUCGGUUGGUAGUGUUCCAUCAUGUCUACUCUGCUACACUGUAAAUAAACAUGAAAAUGUUAAAAUAAACACUGUACUUACAGUUGCCCUCCAUCUACAGAAACUCUCCUCUCUCCAGGAGACGGAAAAUGAUUUACUGGACUAUGAGCCUCACCUCUAUGCAGAGGAGGGAGACUCCGACAGCGUCCCGGAUCUGGAGAAGAUUCCCAUUCCUGACGACGAUUCGUUUCAGAAAGCACUGAAAGAUCUGGGCCCAAGUUUCAACCAACUGGCUUCCAUUUGCCAGCCGCCAAAAACACAAAACUGAACAGAUUCUUUUCUGUGCGUUCCAUGUAUGAAGAAACUAAUUUUAAAUUGUGGGAUUUCUUUUCUUUAGGUGAAUUAAUAAAGCUCAGUUAACAGUGUUCCAGUUGGAUUUUACAGAUCCAGAGAGGAGAGCCAGUGUGUUUUAUCAUGUUAUUUAAUAGCAACUGUUACACAUGUUUCUCCAUAGUUUUCAUUUUACAAAUAGGGAGAAAAAAACAAAACAAAGUACUUCUGUCUGUCAAUUUUGAGAAGAUGGCCUUUCAAGACCUCUUUGGAGUCACAUUUGUGCAAUCAGACAGUCAUAAGUUAAUACAUUCAGACAUUUAGAAAAAAAAAA